AUUGUGGCUAGGAGAGUGUUGCGUGGCCGUUCAUGUGUGUGUGUGUGUGUGUGUGUCAGCUGUCUUGUAGCGGAAUGACUCUUGCUGCAUUGAAUUACGGCCACAGUGACUUGUUCCCGCACCACACUCCCUGCUGGUGACUGCCGUGGUGUCUGUGACGGUGGUGGUGGUGGUGUGUGAUGCCUCAUGGUGUGUGCAGUCGCCGCGCCCGCCGCCCCCGACAUCACACACCACACGGACCACUGACAGGCAGACCGCAGCUGCGUGUGAUGUGACGCUGGGACACUUUGCCAACCGUGCGGGGAAGAUUGGUGGUGGUGGUGGUGGUGGUGGUGGUAGUGCUCGGACGAAGAAGAAAGCCUGACCACAGCGAUAAAGAAUGUCAGUGAAGGAUAGUGACGAGAGGCCUUGGGAUGAGCAGGAUGAUGAUGACGACGACACUAUCAUCUGCAAUGGUGAUGGUGGUGGUGGUGGUGGUGAGGAGAAAGAGAAAGGAGUCCUGACAGUGAAGAGAGAUCACAAAAGAAGAAGAAGAAGAGUACUGGAGAGAAGAGAAGAGGAAGAAGAAGGACUAACGGACUAUCCUCUUGAUUUGUGGUUCUGUAUUAGUGAGUACAUCAGGCCAGAGGAUGUGGGAAGGUUUGCCAGCCUGUGUCAAGCUACCAGGUACAUCACCACCACUGUACAAUUCUGGCUCUCCAUGUUUAGAAGAUACUACCAAUGGACUGCCAAUCUGCCGGACUCCCUCAAUUACUGGAACCUGGACCGCAGAAUGAGGGACGUGCGUGUGUGUGUGAUUCGUGCUCUCUUCCUCAUGUACGCACCCUUCCAAGCCCGCCUGGCCGCAGAGAAGCCCCUCAGUGCUGACCCCACCCAGCUCCUGCGUGCCCAGUGUAUCCUGCAGUGGCAUAGGAAGGACGGCCCACACCACAAGUACUUCUUCAAGUUUGCCCACACUCACCACUGCAUGAGAGAAGACAGGCUGGCCAAGUGUGUGGGGGAGGCACCCGCCCACACCAACCCACACAAUGGAUGCUGGGUGCUGGAGGCCACCAGCGCGGGUGUGUGUGCGGUGCCGAUGGUGAUGGGGGAGCACCUCUACCAUGCUGGGGUGGGGGUGUCGGCCAACCUCUGCAGUCACACCCUCCGCCUGGCCCUCGUCCCCCCACACCUCCUGCCACCCUCCUCCAGGGGCUCCACUCGCCGCCAUCGUGUCCCUGCUACUGAGAUAACAUUGGACCCAGUAAGCAAUGUCCGCCUCUACCCAUGGUGGCACCCGGAGUAUUGGAACCUCCUUCAGAUCUCCCAUAGCAGUGACAAGGAUGACUGGUGACCCCCUGCCUGGUGACCUUUGGGGCUGGAGUGUUCAGGGGCUGUGUGUUUGGUUUGUGACUGUGUGUUUGUGUGUUUGUGGGUGUGUUUGGUUAGGUUUGGUUGUGUUUUUUCAAGACUGAUUGUUUUAGGGGUCGUUGAGGUGUUUAGGAGUGUGUGUGUGUGUGUGUGUGUGUCUGUGUGUUUGGUUGAAUUAAUGGUGUGUGUGUUUUUAAGAUUGUGUGAUUAAGGUGUUUACGAGUGUGUGUGUGUGUGUGUGUGUGUGUGUUUGGAAGAGUGUUUAGUUGUGUUAAUGUGUGUGUGUUUUUUAUAAGAUUAGAUCAUUCUUAAGAUGUUUAGAAGACUGUAUGACUUGAAAAAGACCAAUUUAAGUGACUGGAGUAGUAUUUGGUGUGUUUAAGAGACUACAAAAAUGAUAAUUGACUGUUUGCAUGACUGUAUGUGAAUCUAAAAGCUUACUUAGUUGUUAAGGUGACUGUUAAGUUAUUCAGAAGACUGUAUGAGCAAGAAAUGACUGUUUGAGUGAUUGUAUGGCCAAAAAUUGACUGACUGACUAACUAUAUUGAAUUCAGUGAUAGUUUGAAAGGCUCUAGGGGAAGUUAUUGGGAUUUUUAAGGCUGUUUUCAUGGUUCCAGUGAUAGUUUGCCAGGCUGUAGGAGACGUUUGUGGGUUUUGAAGGUGUUUUCAUGGUUCCAGUGAUAGUUUGCCAGGCUCUAGUGGAAGUUUAUAAGAUUUUUAAAGGUGUUUUCAUGGUUCCAAUCUGCAUAAAAGGUUGAAGUGGAAGUUAUUACGUUUUUUAAGAGUUUUUUCAUGGUUCCAGUCAAUUUAAAAGGUUCUAGUGGAAGUUGUUAUGGUUUUCAAGGUGUUUUCAUGGUUCCAAUGGUAGUUUGACAGGCUCUAGUGGAAAAUUUCUGGGAUUUUUUAGUUUUUUUCAUGGUUCCAGUCAAUUUCAAAGGGUGUAGUGGAAGUUAUAAUGGUUUUCAAGGGUGCUUUUCAUGGUUCCAGUGAUAGUUUGACAAGAAGAAUGUGUAAUUUAAGAAUAGCAGACUGUUUUAGCAUCUCUGUGGCCUUGGAAAACAGUUGUGUUGUGACAAUAGAGUGUUUGAAAGUGAAAUUGUGUUGUUGUUGUUAUUGGAAAGACUAUCAGUAAUAUUUUUGUAUGUUUGUACUGUGUUGAGAUUCUAUUGUAUUGGAAAGUUAGCAUACAGAGAAGGCAGGUGACUCUCUCUCUCUCUCUCUCUCUCUCUCUCUCUCUCUCUCUCUCUCUCUCUCUCUCUCUCUCUCUCUCUCUCU